AUGACUGUUCAAGAUAUUAAAGCUAGUGUCUUAUUAGGACCUAAACAAAUAGAUACAAUUUCAAGAGAAAUUUCAGAUCCGAUAGGUUCAGAUAUCCAAGUUGAAGUUCAAGCCACCACGUUAUGUGGUUCAGAUGUUCAUUAUUAUACACAUGGUGCUAAUGGUGAUUUCAAAGUUAGAGAACCUCUUUCUCUUGGUCAUGAAGCUGCUGGUAUUGUUAAAAUUAUUGGUCCAAACGUUAAUGAGAAUCUGAAAAUUGGUGAUAGAGUCGCUUUUGAAGUUGGUACUCCAUGUGGGAACUGUAAAUAUUGUCGUAUUGGUCGUUAUAAUUUGUGUCCAAAAAUGUUAUUUAGAUCAAGUGCUAAAACUUUCCCUCAUUUACAAGGUACUUUACAAGAUCGAAUUAAUAUUUCAAGUCAUUGGUGUCAUAAGAUCCCAGAUAAUUUGCAAAUUGAACAUGCUGCUCUAGCUGAACCAUUAUCAGUUGCUAUUCAUGCUGCUAAUAGAGCUAAAAUUGAAGCUGGCUCAAGAGUCUUAAUCUUAGGUGCUGGUGCUGUGGGAUUAUUUUCAGCUGCAGUGGCUAAAGUUUAUGGUGCAACUGAAGUUGUUAUUGCUGAUAUUGCACAAAAUCGUCUUGAUUUUGCCCUUGAAAACGGUAUUGCUAAUCAUUCAUACUUGGUUAAUGGUAAAAGAGGUACCACAAUUGAAGAAAAAUUAGAAAUCUCCAAAAAAAUCGCAAAUGAUUUAAUUGAAAAAGGUGAUGGCGGUGAAUAUGAUUAUACUUUUGAAUGUACAGGUGUAGAAUCCUGUGUUCAAACUGGUAUUUUUGCAACUGCACCAGGUGGUAAAGUAAUGUUUGUUGGUAUGGGAAAUCCAAUUCAACAUUUACAUAUUGGUUCUGCAGCACUAAGAGAAGUUGAUUUAUUAGGUGUCUUCAGAUAUGCAAAUUGUUAUCCAACAGCUAUUGAAUUGAUGUCAAAGGGUAAAAUUCCUGCAUUGGAUAAGAUGAUUACUCAUACAAUCAAAGGUAUUGAAAAUUCUUCAAAAGCUUUUGAAAUUGCUGGAAAACCUUUUGAUGAGAAUGGUAAUCUAGUUGUUAAAGUUGUCAUUGUUAACUGA